AUGUAAUUUUAAUAAAUAUCCAAGUCUUUCACUCCCAAGAAUACUACACAAAAGAAAACUAUAUUUCAUUAAGAAAAGCAAAAGCAGAUUGAGCAAGAAAAAGAAGAAUAGAAAGAUAAAGCAGAAGCUGAUACUUACACUAUUAGAUUUGCAAAGUAAAUGAGAUUAAUGAUUCAUUAAUAACAAAAUGUGUAAGAUUUUUGAUAAUCUAGAAAUUUGAGAGAAAAUAUUGUUAAUUUGAAAAAACGAAAGACUUUAGAAGGUUUUUCAGGAGAAACGCCAGUUUCAAUUCAAUAAUGUUUCUCCUUUCUUAAUUCUGCAAUUUAGAAUGCUAGAAGCUUAAGGUUAAAUUUUUAUCAAUCUAUAGAUCCCUUGACUUAUCAGGUAUAGAAAUUGAUCCCCUCUUAGCCAUAGAACUUGGAUAAGGUCUCCAAAAAAAUUCAUCUUUAAUUGAAAUCAAUCUUUCAGGAUGUAAACUAAACAGUUUUAGUUUAUAAUAUAUAUUUUCAUCAAUUGCAAACCACUAAACUUUGCAAUCAAUCAAUUUAUUUAAUAAUCAAGGCUUUAAUAUCGACCUUAUGAAUGAUAUAAACCAAUUUGUUUUUAAAGGAAAGAAUAAUCUAAAGAAAUUAAAAUUAACACAUUGUAAUAUAUCUAGUACUGCAAUGAGUUAUUUAUUGCGAAAUCUAAAGUAAAUAACAGUUUUAUUUUAGAUACUCUCAAUCAAUAAAUGCAAUAGAUAUAUCAAUGAUGUAAUUCACUACUGAUGUAUUAACAAGUUUAGGAAUGGCUCUUUAGCAUUAUAAAGGUAAAAAGGUCUUGGAGUAUUUAAAUAUUGGAGAUACUAAUAUAAGAAAUUAAGGAGUCAAAGUCUUGGCUCAAAGAGUUAGUUGGAAUAUUAGGAAAAUAAACUUGAAGGAACUUAAUAUAAGAAGAAACUUUAUCGAUUAAUAGGGGGUUCCACAUCUCGAGGCGUUUCUAAGGAAAAUAAAUAACUUAUAAAAGUUAGAUUUAUCAUAAAAUUAAUUAGAGGAAUUUAGUUGUUAAAAUUUAUUAUCUAGAAAAAUGUAUGAAGUAAAUUUAAGCUCUAAUUUAAUUUCUUGUUUUCCUUAAUAAUUCUUUUUUAACACUUUAAUAAUAAAUUUAUCAAAUAAUAAUUUAAAAAAUCAAGGUGCAUUUUAAUUAUCAAGUAUAUUAAGGUAGAAUCCUCUUUGGAUAGAACUAAAUCUUUCUAAUAAUCAAAUAAAAAGUGAAGGAUUUAACUCUCUUAUAUUUGGUCUUCGGGAUAACAAAAUGCUAAAGAAAUUUAUUGUUGCUAAUAAUCAUUUAGAUGGGGAAUCAAUAAUCACUUAUAUGAUAAAUCAUGAAUAGGUAUAUUUUGAACAUUUGGAUGUAUCUUAUAAUUUUAUAAGAUAUGCUUUAAUAUUUUUUUUAUUGAAAUUCAUAAAAAGUGGAUGUCUAAGAUGCUUUAGAUGUUCAUUUUAAUAAAAAUAAUCAAAUGAAACAUGGGAUAUAAAUAUAAAUCCGAAUUUAUUUCACGAAGAGGAGAAAUUUAUUAAAUCCACUUAAAAUUAAUUUUAAUUAAUAUCUUUUAAUUUAAGGGAAUUAGAUUUUUCAAAAAAUGAGAAUAUUUUUACUCCUGUAAUUAGUUCUUUAGCAACAUAUUUUAAUAAAAUAGAAAUUUUAGAUUUAUCUUCUUGUAAACCAAUUACAGAAUAAGAUAUAGAUUUGCUUUGUACAUUUUUAAAAAAAUCUACUGUAGUUUAUGAUUUAAAUUUAAGGGAUUUGAAUAUUGGAAGUUUAGAUGUAGAAAGUGUAAAGAAAUUGAGAAACUCUAUUCUUAAUAGUAGUCUUAAGAAAUUAAAUAUAAGCAAAAACCAUUUAUUUAAAUUAGCAAAGGCAUUUUAAAUAGAAGAAAUCCUUACAAACUACAAACUUGAAAGUUUAGAUAUGAGUUAUAAUGGAUUAGAAUCUAGACAUACCAAUUAUAUUGAAAUAGUAAUAUCAUCCUACAGAAAUUUGCAGGCCCUAAACUUAUCCCAUAAUAAUAUUGGUUUUACAGGUUUGAUAGCAAUCUCAAGAGUUAUGUAAGAAAAUAAGUGUUUAAAAAGUUUAAAGUAUGAAUUUAUUUAAUAUAUAUUAAGUAUUUCUCAUUAAAAAAUGAGUGCUGAUGAUUUGUUAAUCUUGAGUUAAAUAAUUUAAAAUGAAAAUCUUUAAUUUUUAAAUAUAUCAGAUAAUUCAGAAAUUAAAAGACUUAAAACAUUUUUCAAUUUAUGUUAAACUGAAAAAAUGGAACUUUUAUCAUUAUCAUAGAUACAUUUUGAUAAAUCAAACUUUAAGAAUCUAUUAAAUAUUAUUAAAAAAUAAACUAGGAAUAUUUUAGGGAUCACACUUAAUCGUUGCAGUUUCCGAUUAAAUGAUUAUGAAAAAUUCGGAUUGUAAUUGAUAAAAUGUAAAAAAUUAUAAAUGUUAUGUAUGACAUACAAUCCAUUAGUUUAUGUGGAUCUUAAUAAAACUGCAGCUAUAUUAAAUGAAUUGACAGAUUUGAAAAUAUUAAAACUCAAUUAAGUCUCAUUUACAGGAGAGUCCUUCUUUAAUGUCAAAGAAUGGAUUUUGAGCCCAAUUAAUUGUAGUGUAAUCAAUUUCAAUAUUCUAGUUGAUUACGCUAGAUCUAAGUGAAAAUGUAUUACGAUAAGAAUGGCUUGAUGAAUUAUGUAUUGGAAUUUCAGGGAAUAGAACUAUAUAACAUUUAUUUUUGAAUAAAUGCAAUUUAGGUAGGCUUAAUUUAGAACCUUUAGGAUUAGCUAUUUCUCAGAAUCUCACAAUAAGAAUAUUAUCAAUUGCUAAUAAUAAUAUUAUCAAUAAUCUUUGUAACAGCAAAUUUGCAUCUGUUUCAAAGUAUAAAACUGUACAAUUUGAAGAACUCAAUUUAUCUGAGAAUCCCUUAGAUGAAAAUGAAUUAAUUUAAUUUUUUACUUCUCAAGAAUAACAAAAUAAAUAGAAGUAAACUACUAUUAUAAAAUAAUUAAAUUUAUCAAAUUGUAAAUUAGAAAUAAGUUUUUUCAAAACUCUAGUAUAGGAACAUCAAAUUCAUAAGGAAUACUUUUUAUUUUCUCAUAUAAUAAGUUUAUCCUUAAGUAAUAAUCAUCUAGAUGAUUCCAUAGGAGAAUUACUAAAACAAACUAUAAUUUAAUCAAAUUAAUUAUAGGAGAUAUAUCUUUAAUAAAAUUUAUUUACAAGUAAAGGAAUGAUUUAAAUCUUUGAGGGUAUUUUUGCUACUUAAACAAUUAAAACUAUAAAUAUUUGCAGUAAUAAAAUAGGAGAUCUUUUUGCUAUGAAAUUAGAUUAAUUAAAAUUUCAUAAAUUUUCAGUAGAGUUCUUGUUGUUGAGAAAUAAUGAAUUUUAGAAAUAAGGUUAAAAAAUAUUAGCAUAAAUUCUAUCAGUCUAAAAGAAUUUAUUUAUUGAUAAUAUAUGGUCUAAUUUAGAUGAUGAUGAUGCAGAUAAUAUUUUGGAAUAAUAUACUAGAAUUUGCUAAAAAUAUCGUUUAGAUUAAACAUCAUUGCCAUCCUUUUUAAAAGAAAUAUAAUUAUCAAAAUCAAAUCUUACUGAUAAAUUUUGUGAAUCUUUUGGUAAAUAUUAUCCUCUUUUGGGAUUCAUAGAGUUUAUAGAUGUUUCAGAUAAUCCAUAUAUAACAAUGUAUGGUAAAGUAUAUUUAUUUUUUCAUUUAUUUGAUUACAGUUAUGAGAAACAUUAAUUAAGAGCAUUGCAUAUAACUGAUACUUAAGAAACUAGAAAAUUAUUUGAUGAUGGAUUAUUGCGUUAUUUAACUUUAAGAUUAAGAAAUUAUCUUUUACGUUAAUCAAAAUAAAAUAUGAAAAAAUAACACCCUAUACAACAAUAAGAAAAUACUCAAAAGGAAACAAAAAAAAUAUUUGGAGGUAUGUUAGGAUCAUGGUUAAUUCAUAAGAUAAAUAAGUUGAUGACUUAUUUAGAUUUAAUUGAACCAUAAAUAUUUAUAGUAAGUACUCUUUUUAUUGGUAAAUUUAGAAGAAACAAUAUUAAUAUAAAGAUAAUAGUUAUUUUAUUUUGGAUUGGAUUUGUUGUUGUUAAUAUAUCUUAGUUUUUUAAAUUAUUUAUAUAAGUAAAAAAUAAAAAUCAAAGUGAAAUCUUUAAUGCUGAGAAGAAUAAAGAAAUUAAUAAUGUUAUUGUUACUGAUUUAACUUAUGCAUUUAUCAUUGUAGGAGCAAUAUUAAUUAUUGAAAUAUUGUAAUUAAUCUUAACUGUGACUUUAAGAAGAAAAAUCUAGCCUGCAUUGCAAAUUAUACAUCCAAAAAUGUUAGAGCAUUUACACGCUAAAUUUCCACAGAAAAGGGAAAUCUUUUUAAUGAUUUAUUCAAUUUUUAGUAAAUCAAGUACUUUAGCUGAAAGAAUGUUUUUGGCUUCUUUAAUGAGUCUUAGUGAUGAUAUUGUAGAUGAAGAUAUAAUUAAAUUUUAGAUUCUAUUUAGUAUUGUGAUUAUUGCAAAAUUUGCUGACUCAUUUAUUAUAACCUUAAUAAAUUUAAUCAAAUUUAUGUUUGCUACACCAAAUGAUGAUUAAGCUAAAUAUUUAUCCUUAUUGUAAAGAAAUCUCUACUAUUAAAAUUAUUUUGUUUCAAGUGAUGUUUUAGUAACAUUAUGUCCAGUUUAAGGAUAUCAAUUAACAAAAACAAUUAAAGUUAAUUAUGAAAUUAUAAUUGAAACAUAUAGGAUGAUUUUUAUAGAAUUAGUAUUAUUCAUAUUUAUUUGGACAUUCUCUAAAAAUAAUCAUAUAACUGGAUUUUAAAAUUUUAUUGAUCCAAAAUGGCCAACAUUGCGAUUAUGGAUGACAUUUCUCUUUUUAAAAUGUAUAAUCUCUAUAAUCUUAUCCCUUUUUAAAAUUUUAACUGUUAGACCUGCAGUAAUAAAGUAAAAUGGAUUUAAUUAAGCAUUAGCAAUAAAAAGAUUCUAUUAAAAUAAACAUUAAUUUGUUAAACCAUAAAAUAUUUAAAUUGAAUAGAAUUUAUAAAAAAUUGAUUUCGAAUUAAAAAUAAAAUAAUAAUAGUAUACUUAGAAUUCGAGAGAACUUGAAUAAAGAAGAGAAAUAAAAAUCUUAAAUAAAAUUUAAGAAGAAAUCGAUUAGAUUGAUGAAGAACAUGAAAUUAUAUUUAGCAAAUAAACAUCACAUUAAGAAUAUUUAAGUAUAAAAUUUAUAUUAAUAUAGAUAAUUCUUCAUUGUCUGAUUUACCAUUAUAGGACCUACCUCAGUCACCAUUAAGUCAUUAUCUUCCUAAGUUUAAAUUUAAUAUGUGA